AUGGAGUUGCUAUAUGACUUGGAAUCUCAGAUCUCCAAAACCAUCGAACAGAAGCAAAGCGAAGUAGCUAAAAGUACUUUUUGCAUCUACAAUGUCCCCCAGAAUCUGAUCGAGACCAACGGCAAUGAAUACUAUCCCCAGGUCGUCGUCAUCGGGCCCCGUCACAUCGGAUAUGGUGCAGUUUAUGUGCUGGAGAACCACAAGUUGGAGUUCCUCGCCGAUUUAUUCUUGAGGAAGAACUUGGGUUUCAAUGAGUUAAUGGAAAGCAUACGCCCACUUGCAAAGAAAGCCAGAGAGUGUUAUUCCAACGGGAUGAUCCGCGACGAUUUUUUUCCUCAUUAUAAUGAUGAUCUGUUCCUGAAGAUGAUGGUUGUCGAUGGUUGUUUCUUAAUAGAAUUGUUUCUAAAGGCAGCUGAAAAAAAAGGCAAGGACCCUCUGGCCCUCAUACCGCGGGCAGUUCCAUAUGUCUACGGGGACCUUCUUCUGCUUGAGAAUCAGAUCCCCUUUUUUGUUCUGGAAGAGUUAUUUACAACUAUCAUCAAUAAGCCUGAUGCUUCUGAAACUUCCAAAAUGCCUGAGGAGUCCAAUGCUUCCUUGUCCUUUCUCGCUUUGCGACUCUUUAACAAAGUAGUGCGAAGGCCCGACAGAGUCAUAGAGAAGUUCCGCAAGAGGAAGAGGGCAACAUCCGAAGAUCAAAAACCAUUGCAUUUGCUGGACUUGGUUCGCUCAACUUUUAUUCCCACGCACUAUCCAGAUCCACCAAAGAAUAAUGAGGCUUGCUGUCUUAUUCACAGCAUCUCAAAGCUCCGCAAGAGGGAGAGGGCACCAUCCGAAGAUCAAAAACCAUUGCAUUUGCUGGACUUGGUUCGCUCAACUUUUAUUCCCACGCACGAUCCAGAGCCACCAAAGAAUUAUAAUGAGGCUUGCCGUCUUAUUCACAGCAUCUCAAAGCUCCGCCGUGCGGGGAUUAAGCUCAAACUGAUCAAACAGGCGGACAGCUUCUUGGACGUGAAAUUCAGUAACGGUGUGAUCCAGAUGCCGAAUAUAAUCUUGGACCACAACAUGAAAACUUUUUUGUUGAACUGUGUGGCAUUCGAGUACUUGCACAAUAGCCUCUCCAAGCACUUCACAGUUUACGCUAGUUUCUUGGACUGCCUCGUAGACACCACCUUGGACGUCGGGCACCUCUGCGAAAGCAACAUCCUUGACAGUUACUUUGGGAAUUACGACGACGUCGCGCAAUUCAUCAACAAGAUGGGCAAGGACCUGGUGUUUGAUGACGAUCAGUUUUACCUGUCCGACUUGUUCAAAUAUGUGAGCGAUCGUUAUCAGAGUCCCUGCAAAGUGCAGUGUGCGAGCUUCAAGAAUAGGUAUUUUAACUCGCCCUGGUCAUUCAUAUCCGCAUUGGCUGCCUUGGUGCUCUUAGUGCUUACGUUGUUGCAGACCUUCUACACCAUCUAUGCUUAUUAUGUCAAAUCUAAACCCUAA